AUGCUGCCAUCAAGGAUCGAAGAGCCCCAGAACAACAGUUCUCCAGCUUUAAUUGGGUUACCGGACGAGAUAUUGCUUCAGGUAUUGGGAUAUUUGAAUCAAAUAGACGCUAUUCAAUUAAGUUUGACAUGUAUGCGGUUCAAAGAAGUAACCCGCCAACGGUUAUACAAGGUGAUACAUGUGUACAAUAAAGGAAGAGCCCGUAUUCCAAAAGACUAUUAUUCAGCUCACUAUACUAACUCUACGCAAAUGAGCUGGAAUACAUUUUCAAGGAUGAUUGGAGAUGAAAGUGUUACUCCUUUAUGUAAGAUUGUAUCCUUCCAGAAUGAUCAUAAUUUAGACGUCGCGAAUUUGGAGAUUCUAGCCUCGGUAUUGGAGCUGUGCGUAUUUGUAAUUUACAGAAUUGCGCAGCUGUCUGUUCAGCGUUGGAUCUUAAAGCAGAAGGACCCUUCUCGAGUUCACACACAUUAUAUUUCCAGUCCAACCAAACACUACAUGGAAGACGACGGAAGAAUUCAUGUCAAGCAUUUGACCAUAGUUGAUUCAGAUGAGAUUAGUUUGGAAAAGGAAUUGCGUAAAUAUGACAACUUGAGCUCACUUUACAUCAAAUACUUGCGAGAUGAUACCGAAUUACAGCGGAUUUCUGUAAGAAAGUUAAAGCUCCUCAAACCAACAGUAGAGGAAAUGAGUCAAGUUUUUAAAUGUUUUGAUGUUGGAAUUAUCACCCUGCUAGACCUCGCCGUCGCUCUGGAUGAUAUUGUUGCGCUUGCUCCCCGAUUCAAAAGUCUUCGUACAUUGAAAAUUAAAAAGUCCUCUGAAAUAUUGGUUGAUUUCGCUAUUUGUUUACCUGAGAAUUCAUUAAUGUAUUUAGCUAUUCCGAACACUAGGCUGCAUUCCAUGAAUAGUAUGUUAUUGUGUCACCGUUUGUCGCUCAGAGAGAUAAUAUGCGGAUUUCAAGUCGACUUUCUCUUUUGCGGAGAAAUCUCCAAAGUGAAGAGAAAGUUUGGUUUCUUGAAAAUGGAGCUUUGGCAAUAUCCAAACUUGCAAUACGUUCGUUUCGAUGCAGUAGCUUUGAAAGCUGUUCAUGAUGAAAAAGACAUCGGCAGACAUUUUUCUCCGGUUAAAUUUCAUGAUUAA